AUGUGGCUCAUACCUCUCCUCUUUGCGCUGGCGAGCAUCUUCACCGCUUGGCGCUUCCUCCUCGUGCGUUCGCCGUCGAAAAGCGUGCAUGACCGCAGAGAGGAAGAGCCCGAAGACUCGAAAACGAAGGAAAAGGAUAAAAAGCACCGGCACGGCCGCCACCACCAGACCCUUGGGAGCCAGCGGAAGAAAGGCGCCGACCAUGAGGCUUCGAAGGCCGCUUCCGCAGGCAAGCACCCUCUGCACGCGGACGUGCUUAAGGGUAUUUCCAAGUUUUCCACUGCUGCCGCAGUGUCUCCGGAAGGAACGGUCGCCGCCGUCGCCGGCAGCGACGCGAGUCUGCAUCUCUUUGACCUCUCCGGGGGCGUCGCGCCGCUCGGCUCGCCGCAGCCAGCGCGGCCUCACAUCCUCACUCGCGUCGAGGGCGAGGCUUUGAGCGCCGUCGACUUCCUGCCCUCGGCCGGCGGUAAACUCCGCAUCGCAGGCGCCCUCGAGAACUACCGUCGCCUAGUCGUCUUCGAGCUGCAGAAAACCGACGCCGACAAGAAGAAAACGCUUGUCGAGACAUUUCGAGGCGACACGCCGCUGCAGAAGAAUCGCGUUCGCUGGCUGGUCGCCUCCAAGGGCGAGUGGAUUUGCACUGCCUCCGAUGAAGACGACACGGAGAUUCGAGUCUGGGCGCCGACAGGCGAGCUGCUGGCUGCCGUAGACACCAAGCAGGUUCAGGCGUUCCAGUUCGCAUGCAGUCCUGCGGACGGAAGGUUUUUGGGCUUGUCUGCCUGGUCGCCGGGCGUGAAGCUCUACGAGAUCAAGCGGAAGAACGGCAUCUUCGUCAAGAUGGAGAAGGCGAUGGAUCUGAAGACCUCGAAGGGCACGAAGUGUGUGGCGAUUUCGCCGGACAACACGCGCGCCGUCUCCCUGGACAAGAGCGGCGAGUUGACGCUGUGGGACGUCGACGUCCGGUACUUUGUGUCUGAAGACCCCAAGCCGCUGCUGGCAGUGCCUCGCGCGCUCGAGGUCCCGGCCGAAGGCGAAGACGACGCGGAGGUCCAAGAGACCUUCCGCGCGCACGUCUCGCAGCUCGCCUUCUCCGCGGACGGCCGCGUCCUCAUCUGCGUCGCGGGCCCUCACCUCAAGUUCUUCAACGCCGCGCAGCAGUUCAAACCUAUCCAGCUCAUUCGCGGCGCCCACCAAAGAGCCAUCGACACCCUCGUCGUGCCCUCCAGUGGCGGCUUCAUCCUCACGGCCGCGCUGGACAGCCGCCCACAGCUGUGGCGCCUCCCCGAGGUGUAG